GCGAUGGAAUUAGACAUGUUAUCGUGAUUUCGCAAUAAUCUAAUUAACAAUCGAUUCUUGCAGAAAAAUGUACAAUCAAGAGAUUUUUAAUGAUUGACGUAAUUGGUACUUUUUUAUCGAUUUCUUGAUUUUAAUGUCGUCAUAUUUUUCAUAUUAGAUAUUACUUUAGUAAUGUGCGCAUUACUAAAGCUGUUUGCCAUGGUAUUAAGGAUGACUAUUACCCAUUAACAAUCCAUGAAAUGUGUCACAUGAACGGCUUCCUUGCCGUACUCGGAAUCGUUUUAAGAAUUGCGCGUCUGCGCAAUCAGUUGCAGACUUAGUUGUCGACUAGUUCUUCUCGUUGCUACAAAAAUGGCGUCUUAAACAAUUCUUCAAUAUUUCCCAUAUAAUGUGCAACAUUAGUGAUCCAUUUUGAAAAGUAAUAGUCAUUGCUUAUAAUUGCGACACCCUCCCCUCAACUUGAGUCAUUCAAAUACGUAUGUAUUGAGACUUUUGAAGUAUAGCAGAUCUUGAGCAACAUGAUGCCGUGAUGCCGAGAGAAGAAACUCGGGAGCGGCGACCCUGGAAAAUAUGGGAUGCGUCACGAAUAAAAAAGCGCCUUGUCUUGGCUUCGUCACUUGAAGAAUUGCAUCGAAAAGGCCGUGAAAAGAUAGACUAUAGUAAAGAGGAAACUGUCUACCUGGUCCUAGAGACAGACGGUACCUAUGUAGAUGAUGACGAAUUCUUAAAGUGGUUUCCAGAUAACACUGCAUUUCUUCUACUGCGAGCAGGAGAAUCUUGGACAAAGCCUGUUCAACAUACGUCUGGUUCUACUGACCAGAAUAGUGAUGGCGGUUCCUUAAAAACUUAUCUUCUUCCACGUGUUGUUUGUGAUGCCCUAACUACGUUAAAUAUUUACCAUGAGCCCCCCUUUUGGAAGAUUGUCGACAAUCAAGAUAAAAUUACGUUAGUCCUUCAUUGGAACCAGCGGAGUGACCGAGGCUAUCACCCCAAUGUCAAACCGACCUAUUCGCAAGACUUUCCCAAUGCUAGAUUUGAUUACAACAAUAAGGUUCCUAUGUUUGCCAGUCACUCUUUGACUGGUGCUAGUUCUAUACUAAAAGAUUCAGUUGCUGCAACCAUCAGCGACAAGGAAAUCGUCGACAGUCAGCCUAUUAACGUCAAACAAUCUGCUUCCACUGCCAGUGCAGGCGCGACUUUCAAGUCGACUCUUAGGGAUUGCAAUGCAGUUUCAGGGGCUUGUUCAAAUGUAGUAGUAGCCCAUGACUCGCAAGCCGCCAAUCACGUUCCAAUUUCUGGCUCAAGUAAAGACCCCCAGCUUUUGCGUUCAAGCGCUUCUUCAGCAGCGUUCCAGCACGAUUUGAAUAAAUGUGAAUUUCACUGUGGAUCACUACACGACAGAGGCCGCUCCAUCCAAAGUGCCGAAUGUCAUCGUCAUCGAAUUCAUUCCAUGAGUAAAAUUUUGAAGUCUACUCACGUUCAUUUCUGUGACGACGGUACGAAUGUGAUUCAUGAUGGAGUGGAGAGCCGUUCUAGUCUCGCCGCGUCCAGAUCCCAGCAUCAGCACCAGGAGAACGCAUCAGGAUCGGAGAUGGAGCAAGACAGCAGCAACACCAUGGAAGACGAUUUUGAAAACGAGAAUAGCGUGACGACGGAGAAGUUGCUUCUUCUGACGGAUCAGCUGUGCAAUGAAAAACACAAGCACUUGACCAUUUUCGAUCUUGGGGUCAUACUUGAGAGACUGAAAACCAAAAUAAUCGAUGUUCACCGAUUGGAGCGCGAGCGUGAGGAUCUGCGGUGUUUUCGUUGGACUAUCAACGCCACAAUACGAGGUGAAAUUCUGCGGGAUCUCGGAGUUUUGUACAACGGGAAUUAUUAUUCCAUUUCUGAGAGCCCUUUAUUAUCUGAUCCUCUGAGUGGUUUUCGGGAUGACGAAGAAGAACGUCAAGAUUCAUUGUGAACAUGUUCAAACUUGUUAUACUUUUCGCCAGCGUAGAUGAAAUUUCCAGUGGGUGCCACUACAUAUAUUCCUCGUUUUCAAAUAAGGUGUUCAUCUCUCUUGAUUGUUUUUCUUUGAUUGAAAAUUUGCACAUUCUGCUCUUUAAAACACUGUUUUAGAAUUAUGUAGGAGCUAAUCAGAAAAUACAGUUUAUGUUAGUGAGUUCAAAUAAAUUUGUAAAUUAUCUCAUAUUGCUGGAAAUAAAAUCCCUUAUCUCGAA